ACGGUGUCCUUGCGUCAUAAGUAUCCUCAGACCUGGGCUUGUAGUAGUGUAAGGCAGACCAGGAUAAAGAAGGUGAUUCUAAGCCUAGCGCUAUCUUCUCCUAGUCCAGCCUGCAGCCGAGGACAACACUGAUUCGAGCCGUGACCUACCGCGAAGCCUGAAGGUUCACCAUGGUGAAAAUCGCCUUCAACACACCCGCAGCGGUGCAAAAAGAGGAGGCGCAGCAAGACGUGGAGGCCCUCGUAAGCCAUACGGUCCGUGCUCAGAUCCUGACUGGCAAGGAACUCCAAGUUGCCACUAAGGAAAAAGAGGGCUUCUCUGGGAGAUGCAUGCUUACUCUCGUAGGCCUUUCCUUCAUCUUGGCAGGACUUAUUGUUGGUGGAGCCUGCAUUUACAAGUACUUCAUGCCCAAGAGUACCAUCUACCAUGGAGAGAUGUGCUUCUUUGAUUCUGCGGACCCUGCAAAUUUCCUCCAAGGAGGAGAGCCCUACUUCCUGCCUGUGAUGGAAGAGGCUGAUAUUCGUGAAGAUGACAACAUUGCAAUCAUUGAUGUGCCUGUCCCCAGUUUCUCUGAUAGUGACCCUGCAGCAAUUAUUCAUGACUUUGAAAAGGGCAUGACUGCUUACCUGGACUUGCUGCUGGGGAACUGCUAUCUGAUGCCCCUCAAUACCUCCAUUGUUAUGCCUCCUAAGUAUCUCGUGGAGCUCUUUGGCAAACUGGCACGUGGCAAAUACCUCCCUCACACUUAUGUGGUUCAUGAAGACCUGGUUGCUGUGGAAGAGAUUCAUGAUGUUAGUAACCUUGGCAUCUUUAUUUACCAACUUUGCAACAACCGCAAGUCUUUCCGCCUUCGUAGAAGAGACCUCUUGCUGGGUUUCAACAAACGUGCCAUUGAUAAGUGCUGGAAGAUUAGACACUUCCCCAAUGAAUUUAUUGUUGAGACCAAGAUCUGUCAAGAGUGAGAGGCAACAGAAAAAGAGUGUACUUAGUAAUAGGAAGUCAAAGAUUUACAAUAUGACUUCAAUAUUAAAGUGUGUAGGACAUUCAAGAUAUUUACUCAUGCAUUUCCUCUAUUGCUUAUACUUAAAAAAAAGAAAGAAAAUAAAAACUACUAACCAUUGCAAGCUCUUGUCAAUUUUUAAUUUAAUUGGCAUUGCUUAUUGUUUGAAACUGAAAUGAAAUGAUUUUUAUGUUUUUCUUUUGAAUUUAUAGGGUUUAUGUUUUUGAAUGCAAUGUGAAGGUGUUGGCUAACAUCCUGACAAUGAAUUCCAUCCUUUGUGUAUAUGUGUGUCUUUAAAGUAAAAUCUUCAAUCAUAUGGUAAAACAUGUUUUAAAUUUAAAAUAUUUAAAAUUGUUUUCAACCUUUUUGUGUAGCGCUUGUCAAAUAUCUUAACAUUGUCUUGUUUUGUUUUCAUUGUGUGCAACUUUCCUGAAUUUAGAAAUUAAAUUUUUGCAUUUAUGUUAGGUGUUCUGUAAUAGAUAUGACUUAUAUGUGAAAAACUUUCAUAAAGAAGUCAUUUUCACUAAUACAGUGACUCUCACUGGUAACUGUAUUGUGAAAUGCACAAAACUGUUUUAGUGCUGAAUGCUAUAAGGAAUUUAGGUUGUAUGAAUUCUACAAUCCUAUAAUAAAUUUUACCAUAUUCAACCA